AUGUCAGCGCCUGUGGGGCAGCUGGCGGUCGAUGAAUAUGGCAAUCCAUUCAUCAUUUUGGAGGUGCGGCGCUUUGAUUGGAUCUUGUUUGAGCGAUUCAAACAGCAUGACAUGUGCAAUACCGCUUUGAGCGAUGUCGCCGGGACCAGCCAAGGUUUGAGAGGGGUCUCAGCCUGUGAGGCUUUUGGUGAAGAGGCUGAGGCAGAGGAAGAGAUGGCGGACGAGGCUGGCGAAGAGCCUGGCGAAGAGCCUGCAGAGGGCGAAGAGAUGGACGAACCUCCCGAAGAUGUGGAGGAGAUGCCGGACGAGGAGGAGCCGCCUGCUGAAGAGCUUCAAGAGAUUGACGCGGAGGCUGCAGAGGCUGAAGCCGAGGCGGAGGCUGUGGAGGCCGAGGCCGAGACGGAAGCAGUGGAGGGGGAGGAAAAGCCCAAGCAGCCUCCUUUCUGGGUACGGAGAGCCUUCUGGAAAGUUCGAGAAGGCAGAUACUUCUUGAGGCUUCGGCAGAAGGUGCGGACGCCAGAGGACGCACAAAUUUUCUGUGAUGAGUUGGGUCGCAGGAUUGAGGAGGCGAAAGAGAAAGGUGAAAGGAUGACGUUCGAAGACUUUGACAUUGCGCAGACCUUCAUCCCCAGCGAGCAUUUAGAGACCAUGUUUUCGCUCCUCUCGGAUGGCAAUGUGCAGAUCGAACGGCUUCGGGCUUUUGGAAUCCCAACCUUAGAUGAUGCUGGAGCAGUGAUGCUUUCUGGUUGGCUUCAAGGAGUCGUCCCUGAGACGGUACCUCAUGAACUUCAUUUGAGUGACUGCGCCAUAACGGCCGUGGGCUUUAGGGCGAUCAUGGACGCUUUGAAUGAAAACCAGACCUUCCCAGCAGACGAUCCGAAGAAACCCGAAGAAGGAAAGUUAGCCUUGUAUUUGAGAAUAGAAGGCAACUAUAUUGAAACGAGCGUCAUCCAGGAGUGCCUGGACGAGGGCACUGCCCAGACAAUGACCAAAAAGGCUUCCAUGGAGCACUCUGACACGGUAAAAUGUCGAAUUUUGAUUCGUGGCGACGAGACUGAGGACAAUCCCUUCAAGCAGAAUGAAGGCGACCCCCCAGACCCUGAAAAUGCACCACCUCCCAAGUUUGUGAAGGAAAAAGGAAAAGGAAAGGGAAAACAUUCCAAGGGCAAGGGCAAGGGCAAGGGCAAAGGCUCCUACUCCUACCGCUAUUGGGGAGGGGGAGCCAAAAACUCCUGGGAAAGCCAGCCAAGACAAGUACAAUCCAAGCCGCGGUCGGCUUAUUCAGAGUGGAAGCCAGCUCGACAGGUCACCUACAGACAGGACAGUAGAACCCAGACCGACAGAUGGGCCAAGCCCAAGGAAUCCUGGCAGUCACACAACAAGAAAUGGGAGUCGAAAGACUCCAACUGGAGCAAGCCAGAGGCCAAGUGGACCAAGCCGGAACCAAAAUGGUCAAAGCAAGAGCCCAAAUGGUCCAAGGCAGAAGACAAAUGGUCCAAGGCAGAAGACAAAUGGUCCAAGCCAGAGACGAAAUGGUCUAGCAAGACUGGAAAUGAGAAAUGGAAUUCAAAGUGGGAGAAGAAUGAUGCGAAACAGGACUCAAAACAGGAAAAGUGGAGUUCGAACUCCAAGCCCAAGUGGGAGGCAUGGGAAGGCCAGAAGAAGCAGCCCGAGCGAAAAUCUGAUUGGGAAUCCAAGACAUGGAAGGAUGACAGUUGGAAGCGCUGGUUGCACGAGGAGACUGGCAAGGGCAAGGCCUCUAAAGGUUCCAAGACCGCUGGCCUGGCAGCACUCCCCAAGAGCGCAAUUACAGAGGCCGAACGCAGCCAACGCUUUGGACAAGGUAAAGGCAAAGGACGGGAGGAGAAGGGAAAAGCAGGAAGGGACAGCCACUCCGAGCCCUUCACAGCCUUCCGUGCACCUACCCGCGGCAGCGCUGCCACGAUGACCAAGACUCAGAAACGGGAAACCUCUGCGCCUGUGGCUGCGGAGGCCAAGCGGCCGAGACUUGCAGGAGGCCGAGAUUCCCUGCCACCUGGUUGGGAGAAACAUUGGAGUGACCAGUACGCAACGCAUUACUAUUGGAAUGAAAAGACGGGUGAAUCCACCUGGGACGUGCCGAAGGCUUAG